AUGUGGAGGAGGUUCGAGGAGAUGCCGAAGGAUGUGCGCAUGUCCUUGCUGCUGGUGUGGAUUACUUUGCUUCCCUGCAUGUCAAUGAUCCCCCUCGGAGCCGCUGAUACUGCAGCCGGUCCCGACGAAGGACAGCGACUGCUGAGCCGAGCCAAGAGAGGAUGGGUUUGGAACCAAAUGUUUGUGCUGGAGGAAUUUUCUGGACCCGACCCAAUCCUGGUUGGCAGGCUCCACACGGACUUGGAUGUCGGUGGCAAGCGCAUUAAGUACGUGCUGGCCGGCGAGGGGGCCGGCACCAUUUUCGCCAUCAAUGAGCUGACGGGCGACAUCCAUGCCAUGAAGAGGCUAGACCGCGAGGAGAAGGCCGAGUACACCCUCACGGCUCAGGUCAUUAACGCCGACACUGACGAGCCGCUGGAGCCGCCGUCCGAGUUCAUCAUCAAAGUGCAAGAUAUCAACGACAAUCCACCGCAGUUCAUCGAGGGUCCUUAUCGGGCGGCCGUUGCCGAGAUGUCGGCGGUCGGUACCCCUGUGACCCGAGUGACCGCAACCGAUGCCGAUGACCCAGUGUACGGCAACAGUGCCAAGCUGGUCUACAGCAUCCUGGAGGGACAGCCCUACUUCUCUGUGGACCCCAACUCAGCCACAAUCAAAAUUGCCCUCCACGGGAUGGACCGAGAGAUGCGGGAGGAGUACCUGGUGGUCAUCCAGGCCAAGGACAUGGGCGGUCACAUGGGUGGGUUGUCAGGGACCACCACUGUCACCAUUAUGCUCACCGACAUCAACGACAACCCACCCAAGUUUUCAAAAAAUUUGUAUGAGUUUGUGAUCCCCGAAAACCUGCCCGUUGGGCAGAUGGGAGGCAAGGUAAAGGCCAACGACCGGGACUUCGGCGACAACGCCAAAUCCACGUACAACAUCAUCGAGGGGGACGAGCAAAGCGUGUUUGAGAUCAUCACUGACCCGCAAACGCAAGAAGGGAUUCUGCGACUCAAAAAGGCAUUAGACUUUGAAAGCAGGAGGUCGUACACGCUCAAAGUGGAGGCCACCAAUGUGCAGUCAGACCCUGGUGGCAGCGUUGGGGGGCCUUUCAAGGACACUGCCACGGUCAAGAUCGUCGUGGAGGACGCUGACGAGCCGCCCAUGUUCUCCAAGUCCGUCUACACGCUAGAGGUCAAUGAGAACGCACCCGUCAACACAGUCAUCGGCACAGUCGGUGCCAGGGACCCAGACUCCAGCGGGAGUCAAGUCAGGUACUUUAUCGACCGGCACACGGACCUGGAGAGGCAGUUUAACAUCAACGUGGAUGAUGGCAAGAUCACGCUGGCCAAACCGCUGGACCGGGAGACAGACAUGUGGCACAACAUCACCGUCACUGCCACCGAAGUCCGUAACCACAGUCAGAUCUCCCGGGCGGUGGUGGCGAUCCGGGUCAUGGACAUAAACGACAACGCCCCAGAGUUCGCCAACGAAUAUGAAGCCUUUUUGUGUGAAAAUGGAAAACCCGGACAGGUGAUCCAAACAGUCAGCGCUGUGGACAGAGACGACCCGAUCCAGGGCCAUUACUUUGAGUACCGCCUGGUGCCCGAGAUGCUCAACAAUCCCAACUUCACCAUUAAGAACAACCAAGACAACUCCAUUAGUGUCCUGGCCAAGCAUGACACAUUCCGGCGGCAGAAGCAGGAGAUGUACUUCCUUCCUAUCGUGGUGACGGACAACGGCAACCCACCCAUGAGCAGCACCAACACCCUGACAAUUCGGGUGUGCGGAUGCAGCAAGGACGGUAUCGUGCAGUCCUGCAACGUAGAGGCCUAUGUCCUGCCCAUCGGCCUUAGCAUGGGUGCGCUAAUUGCCAUCUUGGCCUGUAUCAUCCUGCUUUUAGUAAUAGUGGUGCUUUUUGUGACAUUACGGCGACACAAGAAUGAGCCGCUCAUCAUCAAGGACGACGAGGAUGUGCGCGAGAACAUCAUCCGCUACGAUGACGAGGGCGGUGGCGAAGAGGACACGGAGGCCUUUGACAUCGCCACACUGCAGAACCCGGAUGGCAUCAAUGGCUACCUGCCACGCAAGGACAUCAAGCCUGACCUGCAGUUCAUGCCGCGCGCCGGCCACCACUCGGGCCCCAACGGCGUGGACGUGGACGAGUUCAUCAACGUGCGACUGCAUGAGGCUGACAACGACCCCACAGCACCGCCAUACGACUCCAUCCAGAUCUACGGCUAUGAGGGCCGGGGAUCGGUUGCCGGCUCACUCAGCUCUCUGGAGACCACGUCUUCUGACUCGGACCAGAACUAUGACUACCUCAGGGAGUGGGGCCCUCGCUUCAGGAGACUUGGGGAACUCUACUCAGUGGGCGAGAGUGACCGGGAGACCUGACCUGAAAAAACAAAACAAGACUUUCUGAAUUUUCUUUUUUCUUCUGUCCACGUGUGUAUUAAGCGCUAGAGCUCUAUCAGCUUUUAGAAACAGAAAAUAAGAAAAAAAAAAACAGGCCACUUUUUUGUAUUCUUCCUAGAGUCAAGGUAUAGCAGUCAUCUACAUCGUAAUCGUUGAGCCGAAACCAACCGUCUUUUAACUAGGAGAUUCUUGUGGAGUGUAAAAACGUUAGAUUCCGUUGUGGAGUGUCUAGCAGUGUUUUGGGUGUUCGUCAUUGGCUGUGACUUCCAGUAGCAGAGAGCUGGUAGGCCCUGUCCAGUCAGAGAAUCCUGAACGGACUUUAAAGCAAUACGUGGUCUACCUUACAACAAUGAAUGUAUGCGAGGAUUUGAACAAAAAAAAAGACAAACAAGGGCGUUGGCCUUGAUAAAAAGUGACUUUAUCAUUUGAUAUGUUCUCUCUCUCUGGUGGCCACAUUUAUAAACUGCGCUUUAUACAACUCUUUGUAUUUACACGCUACAGGUGGCCACAUCGCCAUCGUGCUAGCCUAUGAAAGAAAUCGAGAAGACAACAACAAAAAUGUAGAAACUCUGAGGCCUUCUUUUUACAGAAGCAAGUUAAAUUGUAACCUAAUGUUUGUUUUUUUGGGGGGUUUAUUCUUCAUUACUUUUCAAGGGUUUUUGUACAUCUUUUCCUUUCCAUGCUCACAACUCCACAAGUGGGCUUACCCCAAGAUGUAGACAAGCUGUGGCGUUAGCGUCUUUCUGCUACGUGCUAAGACCACUAUCUCACUGGUCUGGAGACUAGUUGGCGACCUGAUGGCAACUUGAGUCUCCGCUGGUUGUGGAGACAUCUUCGUGACGUAGCCCUGGAGUCUCUUGGAGAAAAGCCGGGUUGCCAGGAAGUUGUGGUGCAUUAGAAAUCUUUUGGCGACUCCUCUAUAUGCUCACUCUUGAGAAAAACCUUAAUGUGGCUUAAUGUAAGAAACCUGCUAUCAAUCAUUACCAAAAUGUAUGUGGACAUUUCUACUUAUGGCUACUUCAACCUCUGAAAAUAUCACGAUUGCCUCAAUACUUUGGAUUUAAUGGACGUUGAGUUUUCCUCUUAUAUAGAAAAAGCUUAACAUGGCUUAAUGUCACAAAACUGCUAGCAAUCGUCACCCAAAUUUAUAUGGACAUCUCUACCUAUGCCCACUUUAACCAUUGAAAAUAUCCAUCACCCCAAUAUUUUGGAUUUUAUGGACGUUAAGCCUCAUGUUGUGUUCAUUUCCUGUUCAACAAGUUUGUGUUCCCGGUCUGAAAUUA